GUGUUAGUAUUGCUGUAUGUCUAACUGUAAUCUGUUUGGCCUCCUACUCUUUUAUCGCUUAUGUAUAAUGCCUUGACUGUUCAUCUUGUUUUACACUUGCUGCCGCUAUAUUGUAUCUCACACCUUCAUCUUCUAAAGUGCACUGUAAUUAUUGUUAAACACAGAACUCCAGAUAGAGUUGCAUGCAGUGUAAGCCUGCACCCUGUACGUGUCUUUUAACACUUCACAAUAAAGGAGGAUUUCCCAAUGUCUCCCACACCUUCAUACACUAUUGUAAGAAACGCUAAGAUAAGAUGAAGUUAUAAAGACAUGGGUGCUGUACCGUGCACUGAGCAACCAAGAGCAGAGGGAAAUGUAUGGAAUUAAAAUGCAGAUCACCACAAUAUGCCAGUCUGUACCAAAACCAUCUGUAGGUUAUCCAGGGGUACAGCCUCCAUGCAGUCUUUUCAACGAAAUUAGACAAAAUGCUACUGCUUCAAAUCCACCAGCUCCACAGAGGGCGAAAACUGCUGUUGGGGCCACCAGGGGCCAGACUGACUAUGUCGAAGAAACUAAGGAGCAGAUCCAAACUCCUCCAGAAUGGCUAGAGAAGGAGAUGAUACGCCGGCAGCAGAGACGGUAUUCCCUGGGACUUGUGGACAAUGUAUUGGAAAGUCUUCAGAAUUUCUCUGAUCCAGCCAGGAGCCUUCGAAAAGAGAAGCUUGAACAUCAAGUGACCCUGGAGCAACUCCAUAAACUAAAGAAAGCUUUUGAAGAGCUUGAAAAGAAUGGGCAUAAAUCAGUGGAUGUGGAUGCCUUUAAAUGGGCAGUAAAGAAAAGCACUGGACUACGGGCCACUAGUGAUGAACAGAUAGAAAAACUGUUUAUGAAAAUCGACUUCACAGCGACUGGAAAAAUUCAGUGGGAACAGUUCUGCACCUACAUGCAACUGGACUACUCAGAACUGGAAGACUCUUACCUCAGACGCAGUAAAAUCAGCUUCAUGUUACCGGCGACCAUCCAGGAAAUCGUUCACGGGGAUCCCAUUGCGCGCAUUUUUCUCAUGCAAGACAACACUUUAAUAAUGGUUAGAGAAGACGGUCACAUCUAUUUUUGGUCUACACAACUGAAGCUUAAGCGUGACAAGGCAAUAUUUGAAAAAAGCUUAAAGAAGAUGCCAAAAUGGGUGACAGAUUUUACAAUCAUGACACAGUAUAACAAGUUAGUCCUGGCGACCGGAGAUCGAGAGAUCCAGCUGUAUGAACUGUCUAACCUGGAGCCUUACUGCCAGAUAACUGGACUGGAAACUAUGCCAUUAAAAGUGGAUUACUGUGCAACUGACAGCAAUGAAUGUAUGAUUUUGUAUGGAGAUGACAAGGGCUGUGUGAACAUUCUACUCUUCACUUCAAUAGGAGAAACUCUGAGAAUGUGGAAAAAGAUGCCUCGUCCAGAUAACAUAAUGCCAACCAUUGUCUUAGAGAGUGCCAUUCUCUCUCCUCAUGUAACUUUAAUCCGCUGGAAGGUGCACAGAGAUUGGGUGACACAAAUGAAAUAUUAUGAUUCUAUUAAAGCUGUAAUUUCUGCAUCAAAUGAUGAAUCCACGGCUUUAGCAAUUGGUUGUACACUUGGGACAACUAAUGUAGAACAGCAGAUGAAGGACAUAAAAGAACAUGGGAGAGACCUAAAGGGACGUCGAGGAGCAUUCACACCUGGACCACCACAGAAGAGGGCAAGUGGGGACCAAACAGUAUUCCGGAUAUACAAAGGGGUGAAAACGUUUGCAUUCUGUAAGAAAAACAGCCUUGUUGUCACAGGAGGAAUGGAUCGUAUUAUUAGAAUGUGGAACCUUUAUGUGCCUGCGCGAGCAACAGGCAUGCUGCGUGGUCACACUGCGCCCAUAUUUUUUCUCGAAGUCUCAUCAGAAGAUAACAAGAUCUUUUCAGUUGCAACAGACAAUACAGUAAAGAUAUGGGAUAUACAGAGUCACUCGUGUUUAUUUACAGCCUGCUCAAAAUCCAGCGGAAUUAGGGGAGAACUCACUGCCUGUCUUUAUAUCCCUGAAAUCAGAGCACUAUGCCUGACCACCGAUUCCAUCUCCCUUCUACAGGUCAAACUAAAGGCCUCGGCUCAGCCUCACCUGGACAGCUCCCACAAAGACCCCGUCCUCUGCUGCAAGUACAAUAAAGCCUUCAGACAAGUUGUUACCUGCUCAGAAGGUUCGGCUGUGAAAGUUUGGGACUUUGAGACCGGGAAACAAGUAUUUGAAUUCAAUGACGCUCAUAGAAGUUCUGGAAUCACAUGUAUGACAUUCGAUCCUAGUGGUAGACGACUAAUCACCGGAGGAAGAGAUGGCUGUCUGAAAGUCUGGAAUUACAAUAAUGGGCAGUGUCUGCACACUCUGAGAAGAGCAAACAAGUCAGAUGAGAUCUGUGACUGCACAUAUGUGGAAAUUAACAGAAACAAAUAUAUUGUUGGCGUUGGAUGGGACAGAAGAAUAACUAUGUAUAUUGAUUCUGACGAUGAUCUUCAUCACUUCCAAGAGCCACAGCCAGGUUGGCACGAUGAUUUGAUCCGAGGUCACCGGGAAGACAUUCUGUGUAUAGCUCAAAAUCCUCCUAAUCUCCUUGCCAGCUCAAGUUAUGAUGGAGAAAUUAUUAUCUGGAACAUGAUUUCGGGCCACAUACAGUGCCGAAUAAACACAUCCAUUCAUGUUGAUUCUGCAGGAAUGAAAUUAACCGACAGAAGUGUUAGCAAAAUUCUGUUUCUGAAAACGCGGACCGUGAAGUUACAAGGAGCAGCCUCACUUGUCUCCAAUGGACCAUUAGGUUAUGUCAAUUUUUGGAAUAUAUUCCAAGGAGGAAAACUGGCUGCAAGUUUUAAACCAUCUAGGACCGGGUGCCAGGUCAGCAGUCUUGCCGUUACUAAAGACAACUCGCUGAUGUUUGUAGCAGACUACAUUGGUUAUAUCUAUGUUUAUAACAUCAAAGACUAUGCUGUCCAGGGACCUGAAAAGGAUCCUCCACCAUUUGUCAAGCACUGGAGGGCUCACGUGGACAUAAUAACUGACCUUGAAGUGAUAGAUGAAGAUAAAGUUGUUUUAUCAUCAUCAUUAGACUGUACAGCGCGGCUCUGGAGCAUUGAUGGAGAAUUUAUAGGAACAUUUGGCCAGGCAGAUCCAUGGGAGGUGUUUACCCCAGCAUCUUGGAAACAUCCCAUGGUGCCCUAUGAGAUCCUCAUUGACCCAGAGAGCAUGCCCGUACAUCCUGUGCUCGAGCAGCCCACAGAUGAACCGGAAGAAAUGACUACUCAAGAGACGGAGGAACCAAAAGAAACAUUAGACAUAAAGAUAAAGAAUGAAAUAAACUACAAUGCGAAAUCCUCACUGCUCACUGUAACGGAGGAAGAUAUCCAGGAGGAAAUCAACAAGCAGAAUCUCUCCCAUAGCAAUGGAAAAAGGUUACGUCAUGAGAAAUACAAGAUGGCACACAAGCCUCUGGAUCAUGGUGGACCCAAUGCCUUUCACAAUCUUCAAUGCUUCGACCUUGAAAAUAAUCCUGUGAGUUUUGAAAAGCCGGAUAUGUCUGUAGCUGGUACUGAUCCAUUCCAGAGCUUUGUAUCUUCCUGAGAUGACUGAAAGGCUUGGUUAAAAGUUUUAUUGGGAAAGGGGCAUUUAAAAAUUUUUUUUUUACACUUCAUACUUUUAUUGAAGAACAUUUAUUUAUUUAUUUUUUACACGUUAUACUAUGCUGAAAUACAUUUGUACUGUAUAAGUAUAGUAUAGUACAGUAUAACCUGAUAAGCUGCAGACACUACAGCCUGUGUGAUCCAGCCUCUGCCUGGAUCUCACAGGCUUCCGUAGCAGGCAUACAGGAGGUCAUGAUCUGACCUCCUGCUGCCAUAGCAACCAACGGCAACCCGCAAUUGUAUCGCGGCGCCGCCGUUGGAGAACAUGGGGAGAGUGCUCCCUCUGUCAACACCAUAGAUGCCAUGAUCAGGAUUUAUCACGGCAUCUAUGGGGUUAAUGCUACCGGGACCGGCGCGAUCGCGGCUCCGGCAGCUGCGGCGGGACUCCGGCUGUGAUUGACGUCCGGUUCCCGUCGCCGAUCUCCUGCGCUGCCCGCGGCAGCGCAGGAGAUCGCUAUGACGUAUGCAUACGUCCAAUUGCGCGAACGUGUCGGAUGAUUGGACGUAUGCAUAUGUCCUAUAGCAGGAAGGGGAUAAUAAUAAAUCCAAAUAGACUACUGGCCAGCGGCACACUCCACAGUGUGGUCAGAAGCUGACCCAGUAGGAAAACAGAAAUAUAAAACACAGAACAUCAUAUAAACGGGAGAAAAAACCCAGUGUGAACAGACACAUAGCAAAAAGAGCAUACAAAUCCAAAAACCGACAAACAAACACAGCUAAAAAUCUACUAAGAGCAUGCCAACUAACAUUGGCUAAAACCAGAAAAUACAAAGUGCAUGCUAAAACAGAUAUAGAAGAUUAAAAGCUCAAACAAAGAGUGUUUCACCAAGAGCUCCAUGCAGCAUGUCCAGCAUCUUAGCAAGUUAGGAUAUAAUGAAGUAUCACCAGCCCUGAGGCUAGGCUAGGCUGACUUUAAAUAGACACACCUAAGGAGCUAUUGGCUAGCAAAUCAAAGACUAUUAACUAUUCCCUGACCAGGGAACAUAAAACUGUUCACACACAAACAAACCAAUAGCUGUGUGUGAACACAGGCCAAUACAGACAUGACAACAGAAAUGACUUCUAUUAAAAAAACUUAAUCCUACCAGUACUUAUCAGCUGCUGAAGUUGAGUCUGACCACAGUGCUCUCUGCUGACACAUCUGUACAUGUCAGGAAAUAUCCAGAGCAGGAACAAAUCCCCAUAGCAAACCUAUCCUGCUCUUGACAGUUCCUGAGACAGACCGAGGUGUCAGCAGAGAGCACUAUUAGUGGACAAAAAAGAAUUACUCAGUUUUCGCAGCUGAUAAGUGCUGGUAGGAUUAAGAUUUAUUAAUAGAAGUAAUUUACAAAUCUGGUUGACUUUCUGGAGCCAAUAGAUAUGAAAAAAAAUGUUUUCUUACCAGAGUACUCCUUUAAUGUGGACCUGGGGUCAGUAUAAAAACAAAAUGUUUUUUUUAAUAUAGUUUUGCAUUACUUUGUUGCUACACCCUACCAUUACCCAGAUACAGCACUUUCACUAUCUAGCUGAAUGCAUGCUUCCCUAAAUAAUCAUAUAGUUGUGAACUUUUUAUCAAAAAGGUGUGUGUGAAUGCUAGGCCCAGAGGAAGUAGUCUGAUUUACACCCCCUCAGCCUGAUAUUCACGCCCCCUUGGGAUUGAUUCACACCCCUUUUUUUUAAAUGAGGAUCCUGCCCAUCUGACAAUUUAGGCAAAAGUGCAGAUAUUCAAACAGUAAAAUCCCUAUAGCCUAAAAAUAGUAUGGGGUAGCAAAGAAAUAAAAACUGCAUUAAAAUCAGGACAUUCUGGGCUACAAAUAACUUCAUUUUUUAUUUGGGCCACAUGUCCUUUUUGACCUGAUAAUAAAUACAAUGAGCUUCCAUUAUUUCUCAUAGUUAACCUCUACUUUUACUACAGAAGUACAAGUACCCCCACCCCUCAGAAAGUAGCCCUAUGUUAUCAAUACUAUCUAUUUAGCCUUGUUGUAACUCAAGCUCCUCUAAUAUCUAAUAUCACAUUUUCUGUUAGUCUAAAUAACUGAGACCUUAACUAAAAAAAAUUGUCCUGUUUACCAUAACAACUAAUCACGGUGCAGCUUUCAUUUUCCCCCAAAAAUUUAGGAAGUGAAUGCUGAGAUCUGAAUGGCUUCCAUGGCUUCCAUGCUUUAAAGGAGUACUCCACUGCCCCAGCAUUAGGAACAUUUUGUUCCGAAUGCUGGGUGUGGGCUGUGGGGGUAGUGACAUCACGGUCACGCCCCUCGUGACGUCACACAACACCCCCUCAAUGCAGGUCUAUGGGAGGGGGCAUGGCAGCGUGACAUCACGACCUCUGCAACCCGCACACAAUGUUCCGAACACUGGGGCAGUGGAGUACACCUUUAAGAAAUGUGCCCGACAGUUCUUGUAUGAAUUUAGACUGUGCAGCGAUGUUACAAGGUUUAGCUCACACAAAGACUUUGUUGUUAGACAUUCUGCUUCUCUGAUGUUCUGUCUCCUUCCAUGUGUUAGCUCUUAAUAAAGC